CAGAGUCAACAUCCGGCGACGCAGAGAUGCGCACGUUUCUUCGGCGCUUGCCGAGGGAAGAAGGACGCCGCGAUCGCGAUUUCGGGACAUGAAAGAGUGAGAUGAAUGCUCGCGACACGAGGACGUGGGUCUGAGGAGCGCUGGGUUUCCGGGCACGUACACUUCGCGAGGGCGAUUCGAAAUCGGUUGUCUACUACCUUGUUGGUGCCCUCGUCCGCGCUGUUGUGUCGUUGACGCGCCCGAGAUCGUCGUAGUACGAGAGAAGACGAGGAAGCACUGGUCGCUCGCGGUUCUCGUCCCCGUCGUCGCCGUCAGGACGUCGCGCCGGUGCGUUGUUGUUGCUUCGUGCCGCGAGACCAUCGGCGGGUUAGCCGUUCUCUCUCUCUCUCUCUCUUUCUCGCGUUGCUCGUCGUGCGCCGCCCGUCCUCUCCCGCGCUCGACGACGAUAAUAACAAGACAGCAGCCGAGCCGUACAUCACGCGUCUCCCGGUACGUAGCCGGGCGGCCGUCGCAGCCUCGUUGCGAGGGGAGAUCCUGCGCCGUUGAGCCCGCGAGGGGAUCGCCGGAAUAGUCUCGCGGCGGGCCGGUCUCUUUCCCCGCCGCUCUCCCCCUCCGCUUCACUUCCCUCCGUCGACCCGGCGAAGCUAGAGUCGUCGCGCGCCGACGGCAAACACGGCGUGGACACACCGAGGAACACGAGAGCCAUGUCAUCAGGAGCAGGAUCCAGUGGAACUGGACGAGGACGCGGUUCUUCCUUGGCAGACAAUAAGCCGGAAAGUAAAGAGGCCAAGCCAAAUCCAAAGAUGUCGAAAGCUUUAGGGACCUCCGCUAAAAGGAUACAAAAAGAACUGGCGGAAAUUACACUAGAUCCACCACCGAAUUGCAGUGCCGGACCGAAAGGUGAUAACCUGUAUGAGUGGGUCUCUACUAUAUUGGGUCCACCGGGUUCAGUUUACGAAGGUGGUGUGUUCUUUCUUGAUAUCCAUUUUUCGCCGGAAUAUCCCUUUAAACCUCCUAAGGUUACAUUCCGAACACGUAUCUACCAUUGCAAUAUAAAUAGUCAAGGAGUUAUCUGCCUGGACAUAUUGAAGGAUAAUUGGUCUCCCGCACUUACGAUCUCAAAAGUUUUACUGUCAAUAUGUUCCCUCUUAACAGACUGUAAUCCAGCUGAUCCACUGGUAGGCAGUAUAGCGACGCAAUAUCUACAAAAUAGAGAAGAACACGAUCGCAUAGCACGGCUUUGGACCAAACGCUAUGCCACAUGAGCAUGUUCUUAUCUUCGUAUUAAACUCCUAUUAGUCUCAUGCCAAGUUAACGAUCCGCUGCUGCUCUCAUACAAUUUGUCUCAUAUACAUAGCCUGUAUACAUCUCUAUCUAUGAUCGCCGUUGGUCGGAUAAAACGAAAAAAAAAGAGAGAGAGAGAGAGAGAGAGAAAAGAAAAGAAAUACAAGUGAGCACACAAAGACCGUUUGAGAUCAGCUCAGACAACAAUGAUUGUGAUGUGCUUUUAUGUUGAGUAUGUAACUGUGCCUAAGACGAAUGAAUGUGCGUGCAAGUGUGUUCAAAACAGUGCGUUAGGGCAUGGGCGAGAGACCAGGAGUUUUUUUCACUUAAAAGUUACGAUGAGAUAGUAUUUAAAUGGAUCGUAUUGUGUAUCAACAAUACUACCCGACGCUGCUAAUAAUGUUUCUAGAAUAGAUGGUAACAUGAACAAUAUUGAUAAUCUAAAUUGUAAGUAACUGAUAGGUAUACGUAGCCGUUAAGAUAAUGAACAUAGCGGCCCGUUUCUCCAUAAUCGAACUCCCAUAUUUUUGUAUUGAAUUGUCUUAAAUUUAAAUUAUUAUGUUUCAUACACACACGGUGUCUCGUGCCCGAGCUGUAGACUAGCGACGUGUAACUAUAAUUUAACUUGAUACAAAACUACCGCUACUACUUUUUUGUGUUCAUGAUACGAUUGUGGGAAAAAAAAAGGGGGGGAUCUUCACUGCGUGGAUACUCGAUAUUUGCGCCGGCGGACGCAAUCUGACUGUUUGGGCCCAUCUUCGGGAAAAAAAAAUAUAUUGUAAUUGUAAAUAAAUAUUAUUUCCUGUACAUUCAUGCUGGUGAAACAUUCGAGAAACUUGUAACUUUAACCUGAAUUUAUAUUCUGUCUACAUACAUAUAUAUAUAUAUAUAUAUAUAUGUAUAUAUAUAUAUAUUUGUGUGUGUAUGUGUGUGUGCGCGUGUGUGUGUGUGUAUGUAUAAAUUGAAACGUCACCAGGGCGAUUGCACCAAUAGAGCCCUGACUCACAUUGAUUCUGAUUAGCGAAUUCCUCUUUAUCCCAUUUUAGAUCGUAUAUAUAUAUUAGUUCUAGUUUAUGAUGUAGAUAGCGAAAGAAGAAAAAAGGAAAUAUCAUGAAAACGGCUGACGCGCUGAGCGAUGUUGGUGCAAUCUACGCGUUCUCUCAGACUUUCCGCAUUAUUUAAUUGUACCUUAGAGGAUAUACUUACAUAUCAGUUUCGUUGCAUAUUCGAGACUCAAAAAGCGUACUGAAUACCUUCAUUGUCUUUCUUCAUCGGUCGGACGGUGCAUCGGAUGUCUUGAGUGAUUCUUCCGUGGUUCUUUUAUAUGUCGCGUGACAGUUACGAGCAAGGUGAACGAAAUCACUUUGUACAUAUCUCUGUUUUAAAACGUAGGUAGUCGCUUAAAAAGAUAUCGGCUAAGUGUAAUUAUAGUUUAUAUGAAAAUAGCGAAGCGCGGCUAUGGUGAAAAGUUUGCUUGACGACCAUCGAUAUUGUACAGUUUAUUGUGUAAAGAGUGUAAGGCACUGCUUUACAUCUUUUUCUUUCGUCCUGAAAAAUUCGCGAGGUGUAAAUAUCGCGUCGAAUGCACGCGCAAGAACGCACGGCUCGCGUAAGUUCCUACAACUGGAGAAAAUUUCCAUAUCCCCGGGCUCUUCGUUCCNCCCCCCCCCUUUGUUCUUAUAACAUAUUUAGUCGGCAAAAUCAUUGGCUCUUCGUUGGUUCCGCGAAUCGGUAUGCAGAUUUCAAACUUUUUACGGCUCCAGGCGGUAGUUAUGUGUGAUUAAUAAACUCCUCUGUGUGUCUCUCGAGAUUGUAAAUAGAUCAUUAUACAUAAAUGCAUAUACAUGAUGUGCCCAUGAUGUGCAUCCGAAAAAAUUACCAGAACAUUAAGGAAACAUAAUGGAUCUCGUUAUUUCUAAAUGUCGUGUAUACAUUAGGUAAACAUAGUCACGCCGAAAACGGGAGUACGCUCUAUCGGGCCCGGUCGUAAGAUCGCGGGGCACAUUGCGCUCUCUUGUAAAAAAAAAAGAAAAAAAAAAGAGAAAAAAGGAUGUGAAAAGAGAAAAAGCCGUUUGUCACGUUUGUCCACUCUCGGUUCGGAUGAUCCAAAAUUGCAGUAUGCACGCCGGACUGUGUGUGUCACACACACACACACAUACACAAAAGUUGAUCCGUGAACGCUCUUUAAUUCGCGUGUACAAAGAAAAUGUGUACGUCGAAAACGAGACAAGUGUAUAAGAAGGUCGAUCUUAUAUAUUGAUAAAUAACGAUCUUUUAAUUAAAUGAUAUAACAAAUGAAAUAUACAAUUUAUUAUACGCUAA